UCGGUCGUGGGGGACGGGGCUCGUGUCCCCCAUCCCGGGAGGCCCGGUCCGGUCGCCCCCGCGGAGCCCUGCAACUUCCCGGGAGCGGGGGCCAAAGUGGCGCAAAGUGCCGCCAAGUUGCCGGGAUGGAGCUGCAGAGCCGGCCCGAGGCGCUCGCCGUGGAGCUCGCGCGCCGCCAGGCUCUGGGGUCCAUCACUGCAGUGCCUGUCCCGGGGCCUCAGGUCAGCUCCCUGCAGAGGCUGGCCGGGCAAGGAGUGGCAGUGCUACCUCAGGUUAGGCCAAAGACUCUGAUUCCAGACAGCCUCCCCGUCACCCCCGCCCGGGACCGGCCGCCCCAGCCCCCAGCCUUCCGGAAGGCCGCCGUGGUCAGCGCCAAGAACCCCAGCCCCGCCCUCCCCACCGCCAACAACACCGUGAGCCAUGCGCCAGCGCCCGGCAGCCAGCCCCAGGCCCUCGCCGAGCCGGCCGCCGGGGUGGCCUACGCCAUCCUCUCCGCGGCGCCCGGCAAUGCCGUGUCCGUGGUCAGCGACAGCAUCAAGGUGCAGCCCCUGCUCAUCAGCACCGACAGCAAGGUCAUCAUCAUCCAGCCUCAGGUGCAGACACAGCCCGAGAGCGAGGCCGGGCCGCGGCCGCCCUCGGAGGAGCCGCCUCAGGGAGCUCAGGCCGCCAAAGGGGAGGAAGGCCGGCCCCCGAGCCAGGAAGACCCCGAGAAAAUCGCCUUCAUGGUGGCGCUAGGCCUGGUUACCGCGGAGCACCUGGAAGAAAUCCAGAGCAAGCGGCAGGAGCGGAAGCGGAGAAGCACGGCCAACCCCGCCUACAGCAGCCUCCUGGAGCCGGAGAGGAAGCGGCUGGCGUCCAGCUACCUGCACGGCCCCCUGCUCCUCACGGCACGAGCCUCUGAGGACCCCUGCUGGAAGAGUGAGGUCGCCCAUGAUGAGCGCUGUGCGGCCUGCCAGGGGGGCGCCAACCUGCAGCCCUGCGGCACCUGCCCCCGCGCCUACCACCUCCGCUGCCUGGACCCGCCCCGCCCCGCGGCGCCCGAGGGCGUGUGGCUGUGCCCCAAGUGCCAGCACAAGGCCCUCAGGACUGACGGGAGUGUGCCCUGGACCGGGAUGCUGGCCAUCGUGCGCUCCUACCUCACCCACAAGACAGUCAAAGAAGAGGAGAGGCAGAAGCUGCUGCGGAGAGGCAGCGAGCUGCAGAGCGGGCGCCAGCGGCUGGAGGAGCGGGACCGGCGCCUGGCCUCUGCCGUGAAGAAAUGCCUGGAGCUGAAGGUGAGCCUGCUGGCCCGGCAGAGCGGCGCCCAGUCGGCCCUGGACCGCCUGCGGGCCCUCCUGAGACUGAUACAGGGCGAGCAGGUGCGCCAGGUCCCCCCGCGGCUGGCGGGGCCCUGGACCAAGCCCUCGGCCCCAGCCAGGCACGCCGCCCUCCAGCACCCCCAGGGACACAACUGACCCGAGGGCCCGUCUUCACACCCACGGAGAGUCACUGGGACCCGCCCACACUCCCAGGGUUCUGUCAGCCUUAACCACUGAACAAUGUGAAUUUCACAAACAGAGCCAGACAGGACAGGACAGGAGGGAAGGCAGUGGAGUGAGAGAGACUCCUCCUCCAGCCGGGGGUGGGGUUGGGGGUGCAGGUGGAGUCCCCCCAUGUUCAGAUUCAGGCAGGCGCGCCAUCGGCCUGCUGUGGUGGGACUGCCCAAGCCUCGGGCUUCCCGCACGGCUGUCCCCACACCUCCCUCCCUCGUGCAGAAGUGUGAGGGGCCAGGGCGCUCCCGGCUGAGGGCCAGCGUGCCCCAUCCCAGGACCAGUGCCCGGUGGGGCGGAGCCGGACGCAGCCAGCUGAGUAGUGGUAGUGGGACAGGAAAGGGUAGAGAAUCUAGUAGGACUCUAGGCCCCUCCCUUAUGGGGCCACGCCCAGGGCGGGGUGCUCCGUGCCUUGCAGACACCCAGGCCCAUUGGUCAGUAUUAGCAGCUGUUUGACUUGAAACUGCGCUCCGGGGGGGGGGGGGGGGGGGGGGGGGGCUGCUGUGUCCCCCGUCAGCGCCCCUGCCCCAGGCCGGGCACCACACCCCUCGCCUGUGCCUCCCUCCCCCGGCUGCUUUGGCCCAUUGGCUGUGGGAGCGUUUUUCUCACGGAGUUUCCACAGCCAUGCGGGGGGCAUGGCGCGUGUUCCAUUUGGGUGGGAUCAUUCCCCGUCUGGGAAGCCCUUAUUUCCUCCUUCCGAAGAGCCAGGAGAGCAUUCCACCCUGGCUUUGGCCAGGAGGGACACUAAGCCAAAAAUCACUGCGUGUUUAUUGGGAGAUAUUUAAUGUGAAAGGGCGCUCAGAGCCGCUGCCGCUGGACCAGAGACACCGGGGGCG